UGCUGGUGAAAGAGGCAGAGCAACGCUGAGGAGAGCGGUCUGCUGUUGCUGUGUGCUGAUCCCGGUGAUGCUGCUGCUUGCUCAAGUGUUGCAUGCUGAGGAGUCUCAACGCCCGGUCCCGAUAGGAUGAAGACUCUCUCUGCACGUGGAAUCGAGGGGGAACGAAGAUGAAGAUAAAAGUGUGUCAAGGGGUUGGUGGCGUCAUCAUCGUUGCCAUGGUUACAGGGUUUAUGUUGGCAUACAACAGUGGCUGCGGUGAGAGAUCAUCGUCCUCAUCAUCACCAUCUUCCCACCAUGCGGAUUCUCCAGUUGCAGUCACGCAAAGGCCAGACAGACGCCCGACAUUAAUUCUGGAGGGGUACACAGGCGUCAUGGACUUUGAGCCUCUGAAAAUGUACUGCAGCACCUGCGCCUUGGUGACCAGCUCUGGCCAACUGACUGAAAGCCGAAGGGGUGAAGAAAUCGACCGCUCUCAGUGUGUUAUUCGAAUGAAUGAUGCUCCCAGUGCAGGUUACCAGCAGGACGUGGGGCGGCGAACCAGUUUGCGUGUUGUAGCUCACUCCAGCCUUCAGAGGGUCCUUCGCCGCAGACAGGAGCUGCUAAACGGGAGCCAGGACACCGUCUUCAUCUUCUGGGGGCCCAGCAGCACCAUGAGGCAGGAUGGGAGAGGUCAUGUUUACAAUAACCUCAGACUACUGAAGCAGCUACAGCCCAAACUCAAGGUCUACAUCAUCUCUCGAAUCAAGAUGUUGAAGUUUGAUGAGUUAUUCAAGAAAGAAACGGGCAUUGAUAGAAAAAGCUCCAACUCGUGGUUGAGCACCGGCUGGUUCACCAUGGCUAUAGCCCUGGAACUGUGUAACAGGAUCAAUGUGUAUGGCAUGGUGCCACCUGACUUCUGCAGAUCCUCCUCACAUCCCUCUGUGCCGUAUCAUUACUACGAGCCCUCUGGUCCGGACGAGUGCUUCAUGUACCUCCUACAUGAGAAAAGUCGACGAGGAAGCCAUCACCGCUUCAUCACAGAGAAGAUGGUGUUCUCAAACUGGGCUCAGACUCUGAACAUCCACUUUUACCAGCCGGACUGGAAUCCCGCUGCCGUCAUCAGCGGCUUGAACAGCUCGUCCUUUUCAGCUCCAGCUGGUUCCUGAGAUUCACUCCACAGAAGAUUCUUAUGAGGUCUUGGACAGUUUCCAGCGUGCUGAUUCCAUGUCUUUGUAUUUAUGAAUGCAUGAGACAGCAGGAGGGCGGAACAAGCUCCUUGGGCCUGUCAGAUGACUAUUGGCAGAACAAGGCUUUUGCACAAGGGCAGCUCAAAGCCUCUUUGAAAGUGAAACUCUAAUAGGUUGAAUUUCAUUACUGGAACCAGAGCUGUCCUGGAGUUUGGCUCAGAUCUGCCCUGCAAACAGCUGAGCUGUCAGAAAGCUUAUAAAUAACUGAAACGGGCAGUAAAUCUGAUCUAAACCUGAAUAUUUAGGGUGAUUCGCAGUGACAUGAAUAUGUUGUUUUGACAUUAGUGAAUAUUAUUGAUCCUGCAGGAUGAACGUGUGAAAAAGUUAAAAUGGAAACUAUUCACCAAUUUUUAAUAUUUUGUUUUAAAUGUUCAUUUUCCUGCUGGAGCUUCUCAACCAAACAUCACUGCAGUUUGUUUUAUGACUUCAGUCCAAAUACAGCAAGGGACUACUAGUGGCAUUCAACUGAUUAAUUAGAUCUUUUACUUCUAAAUAGCAUAGACACAUUUUAGACUAGAGUAAGUGUUCAUUUUGACCGAGUUUGAUCAAAAAUGGGAAAAAAGUACAAAUACAUUUUAGAACUGCAAUGAAAAUAGAUGUUUGUCUGCUAAGGUAUUUGGUGAGCAGAAAAUUGUGUACAUUUGGAACAAUGUUCACAUUAGGGACCCAAACAAAGCUGAAGCAUAUAAUGUAUACAAAAAUAUAAAAUAAAGUUGUUUUUAAAAGGUUUGUGUGCACAGUAUUUAUAUUAUAAUAUGUAAAAUUAAAGGUCAACUUCAAUGAAAAACAAAUUUUAAGUGAUUAUUUAUGAUUAACAUCAGUCACUCAGUUUUUCAUGCAGGUUGAACAUGAAAACAGUCUUCUACACCUAUCUCCUGCAUUAGCUUCUGAUAGAAAAUAGGCAAAAAGGGUGAAACAGGGUGAAACUCUAGGACUUGAAAAGCCUGACAGACUUAUAUCACACUGUCACUUAACACUCAUGGACUCAUCUUGACUCACGGCAAGUAAGACCAUUGGUUUAGCAUCCAGGAGACAGCAGAGAACGUCUUGACUAGUUGAAACUAAUUUUUAGUAUUAGCAACUCCACCACACAGCAGAACUCCUCUAGGCUUGUGUUAUUUGUGGAGAUAAAACGUAAAUGUUGCAGAGCAAACAGGUCCGUAGUAGAGUAAUGUUGGUGUUGGCCUAUCUAAUACAAGAUGUCCAAGUUUCAGGAAAUAAGACUCCAGGAUCGUCCCAAGCUACUUUCUCCUCCAGCUGAAUUAUCCAUCUUCAAACUGGAGCAUUUGUUCCCCAAGGUACGACUUACAAAGGCAUUUAUCCCUACUAGAGACCACUGCAAGUGUGUUAAAACAUGAGUAACGUUGACCUUGAAGAUUCUUUUAUUGGUUUUCAACAGCAAGUUAAAGACAUGGGAAGUAUAAGUAAAUACAGGAGUUAAAAUAACAGCCAUUAAUGAACAUAUAUAGAGAAAAAAGAGCAGAGAACAGCUUAAAGCCGGGCGUACACUGUGUGACUUUUUCACUCGUAGCACUCAGCUUCAGCUCAAACUGUACGACUUCCUCGCAGAGCAGAUCUCACGAGUCAUGCGCUCACACUGUACGACCCAGUUCUCGGAUGCGACCUGACUGCUCACACUGUACGUCUGGUAGCAACACGUCAGACCUAAAAAUAUGCUAAAAAUAGCAGUUUUUACUCAACACGUCAGACUUUUUUGUCUUGUCUUGCCUGUUGUCCUUCGGGAGUGCUGCAGGGGGACACACAGGGGUUUAUGGGGGUUGGAUGAGGAAAACGAAAUAAAGAAAGUAAAUCUGUGUUUUGUGAUCAGUUUAAUUUGACAUGAACACGACAAACACGCUUUCUUGACAAUCCUUGUGAGUAAAAAAAAAACGUGUAGAAAUAAAAACGAACAACGUGUGUUAUUAGGGAAAUAGCGGGCGAGCGGCGUUGAUGCAGGAUUGCGCAUGCGCCGUGAGCGGUUCUGAUACUUUUUGGGUCGCAGCUGCUCGCAGCGCCGCUUCAACAGUGCGAUACCCUCACGAGGGACGAACGAAAUAUUAAACAUGCCAGAAGUCCGUGCGAGCUCACGACUGCUGAUCGGUAGCUGGUCACGUGGUGUUAAUCGCCUCUCUUAACCCCCUGUACACUACACCACGCUAGGCGCAAAACUCGCCCCGAUCUUGUGGAUUCUCGCACGAGUGGAAAAUGGGCUCAAAAAAGUGAAAAAGUCGCACAGUGUACGCCCGGCUUUAGGGUCAGAGUUCGCAGGCCUCAGCCUCAGGAAAGAACCUGUUUAUUAUCCUUGUGCAGGGUUUGAGUCUGCGCAAUAGCCUGCCUGAAGGCAGAAGGGUGAAGAGUUGAUGCGCUCUUCUCUUGUUCUACAUCUGCUGAUGUAGAUGUCCUCCAGAGAUGUUGUUAUGGUCAAUAUUUCAGCAGAUAAAAAUAGUCAUUUAAGCUCAUUUUGGUCAGCCUUGUUCCCAUGAUUGUCCAGACAUUUCUACAUGAGGGCCAGAAUCGCCAAGUCUUUGUGGAAGAAGAGGAAAUUAGAUCCCUCAGUGCUGAACAACUACCGACUGAUCUCUAAUCUCCCGCUGAUUCAAAAAAUCAUUGAAAAGGUGGUAAUGAACAAAACAGACAACUAUUUAGAGUCAAAUAACUUUAUGGACAGUCUUCAGUCAGGCUUUAGACAGCACCACAGCACAGAGACUGCACUGAUCAAGGUAUUAAAAGGCAUUCGUCUCAACACUGAUUCAGGUAAAGCACCUGUCCUGAUGAUGAUUGACCUCAGUGCAGCUUUUGAUACCGUGGACCAUAACAUCCUUCUGGACAGACUCACAAACUGGGUGGGACUAUCAGGCACAGUGCUUGGCUGGUUCCAGCCCUAUCUCAAAGACAGGGGCUACGUUGUCUCUAUUAGGGACUACCAAUCAAACCGGAUCACCAUGACACGUGGGGUCCCCCAAGGCUCAAUUCUAGGACCACUACUCUUUAAUCUCUACAUGCUCCCCCUGGGUCAGGUCAUACUUAAAAACAACAUCUAUCAUAGCUAUGCUGAUGACACCCAGAUCUACCUAACCUUAUCACCUAGUGACUGGCGUCCACUGGACUCACUCUGUCAGUGUCUAAAGCAAGUAAAUAACUGGAUGCAGUCAAACUUCAUUCAGCUAAACAAAGACAAGACUGAAGCUAUUGUCUUUGGCAACACGAAGGUCAGGAUGGAUGUUAUUGCUCAGCUAGACUCCAGGGGAAUAAAGACAAAGACCCAGGUUAGAAAUCUUGGUGCUAUUAUUGACUCAGACCUGAGCUUCUCUGGACAUAUUAAGGCUAUAACUAAAUCAAUUCAUUUUAAUUCAAAUUAAAUUCAAAGAUACUUUAUUAAUCCCAGAGGGAAAUUAGAGUUUCAGUACACACAGUUCUGAGAUCAGACAUUGUCACGUUGAGAGGAUUGUUUGGACCCAAAAUGCAGUAACCCAGGAUGACACGAGGCAGGAGUUGAUAUAAAGUAAAAUGCUUUUAUUGUAGGAUGAAAGAAAAAUAAAUCCAAAAGGCAGGGAGACAAAAUCCAAAAAU